AUGCUGUCCAGGCAUUCAGCAAGGGCCAGUGUUCCCCAUGCACGAAAUUUGUUACGCCCGUUGGCUUCUUGCUCUGCUGGGUCGCAGCAAGCCUCCGGAGUCUCACGCUGGGCAGUUCUGUCACGACCGAACCGAGGAACCCCCCAUUACCGGUUGAUUUCGACCUUUUUGAACUCGUCUGCUCGCAAAGAGAGUCUACAAAAUGCCACAGUAUUGCAAUGGACAUCCGGAUCCAGACUGUCAACCGCCGCGGCCGCGCCCUCUGAGUCGCCACAACCGAGUGACCUGAAUGCGAUCAACGCUCUGAUAGAAAAAAUCAAUCAGAAUGAGGACGAGAUGGCGCAGAUGAUUGAGGGUCUGGAAUUUCUUGACGACCUAGAAGUUUCAGAGGAGCUUGCCGAUCCCCUCGGAAGCGAAGAGUACACCCCCGAGGCAUGGGUACUGAUGGUUCGACAGCAAUUCGGGGACAGGAUUCCAGACGGGGUUCUGAAUGAGGAAGAACUUCAGAUUUUCACUCGACUCUAUGGCGAGCCUGUCAUCCAAGAACCAGUUUCUGAAUCCAUAGGGGAGGAAGCUGAGAAAGAUUCUGACCGUCUGUUCCGUGAAAAUGGCCAAGGUGGAUGGGAUGAAAUCGAGUACGAGCAGAAUGAGAACCAAAAGGACGAUACUACAGUUGUUUACGAUAUGGAUAUUGGACCGGAGGAGACUGAGACAAUUGCCAUGCGGAGGACUCGAGAAGUGGCUGAACAACUGGGCGGCGAGAUCAUGCUUGAGCAGUUUGAAAACGAGGCAGUUCCAGACGCUGCUCCACGAGCCCAUCCUUUAACACAGGAAGGAAAGUUUCAAACGAACCCCAGCACCAUCAAUUUGCCCAAGAAGACAGUCACCGGGCCUAUCUCAGUUAUCCUCUCAGAGUUCUCCAACAGGCAUAUCGCUGAGACCGCCCAUCGCCUGUUCGGCGGCCCAGGGUUGCCCCAUUCGACUACGACGCCACCUCCGCGUGCGCAACUACCCCAGCUGCCGAUCCCUCUUCAUGCAUCUCAACACCACAUGGGCGAGAUGGAGGCUAAUGCUUAUAUCGCUGCCCUGUACCCCGGUAUAUAUGCCUCGGUUCUCAGUGUCCUGGUUGAAGUUCGCAAGCGCAUGGGAACAGAUUGGAUCCGGAAUCUCAUUUCCCAAGAUGGUGGACCGAAUGUCCUUGACGCAAGCGGCGGUGGUGCUGGUAUCUUGGCUUGGAGGGACGUUAUUCGUGCAGAGUGGGAGCUCAUGGUUCCCGACCAUCCUGAAGGUGUGCCUAUCCCAUUUGGACGAUCAACGGUUUUGACAGGCUCCGAAACGCUCCGACUUCGUGCGAGUGCGAUGCUCGAAAAUACAAGUUUUCUUCCUCGAUUGCCUGACUACGUCCAUGUCCGCGAGAAGCCAACUCUAGAGGAUUCGCGCGCUGCUCCCAAACGCAAGCAAUAUGAUGUCAUCAUCGCUCCCCAUACUCUUCUUGGAUACGAUGAGGAGUAUCAGCGCAAAGAUCAUGUAGAGAACCUCUGGGCCCUUUUGAAUCCUAACGGCGGCGUUCUUGUUCUGCUCGAAAAAGGUCGCCAGAAGGGCUUUGAAGCAAUCGCUGGUGCUCGCGAAAUGCUCCUUAAGCGUCAUAUUGCAAGCCCCGGUUCUGCAGAGUACGAAAGCUUCCUCGAGUCCUCUGAGGAUGGCAGAACUGUGGCCAAGGAACCGGGCAUGAUCAUCGCUCCGUGCACAAAUCAUUCAACCUGCCCGAUGCAUAACCCAGCCGGGCCAACUAAGGGUCGCAAGGACUACUGCCACUUUGAGCAACGAUAUAUUCGCCCUCCAUUCUUGCAGCGCAUCAUGGGAGCGAAAGACCGUAACCACGAAGACAUCAAGUUUAGUUACUUAGCUGUGCAACGGGGCGUGGACAUGCGCCAGCAAAAAGGUAUUCGCCAAGACGCCGAAAUGACAGACGCGGCUUUUGAAGGCUACGAACACCUCGAAGAGCCCGAACUUUCAUCAGUCAACCCACUAUCUCUCCCCCGCGCUGUGUAUGCACCACUCAAACGCCGUGGGCAUGUCAUUUUUGAUCUUUGCACACCGGGCGGUCAGAUUGAACGCUGGACUGUCCCGCGCUCUUUCAGUCGUCAGGCUUACCGGGAUGCUCGCAAAUCCAACUGGGGUGAUCUCUGGGCUCUAGGAGCUAAGACUCGUAUUUCCCGAAAGCUGAACCUGGGCGACAAGCAUGGCGAGGGAAAGAAAGAACGUUUGGCUCGACGAGCAGCAGCUAAAGCCGAGGCCGAAGAAGAGGGCGCCUAUGACGAACUUGAUCCUGAAGAAGACGAAGUCGAUGGCUAUAACGAGGGCGAAGGACUUGAUCGUUCGGAUGCUCUUCAGAUCCCGAAACGGAAGAAGGGACAGAAUAUUCCGAGCUGGAAGAAAAAUGCUGAUAAGAAGAAGCUGCGGCAAGCGCAGAAGAAGCGUGAUGCUGCGGAGGACGCACUGUGA